CGACCAAUCGCUUUAACACGAAAAGACUGAAAUCUGGAUCAAUAACUCCAGAGUGCGUAUACUAGUCUGUCUGUCAAAUAGGUAUCCCUAUCGGAGUUAUCAGCAGAUAUUUGUUAUCGUACAAAGUAUAACACAAGGAUCGAGGUGUCGGGUUCGUAUUUUUAUGUUGAUACACAGUUGACCAAGGUGAAAGAAAACAGAUAUAGGAGAUUCACAAUGGGGUGAAUUAGUGACAGUGCAGGGAAACUGAGAGCGGGCACCCAGGUGUUAAAUCGCUGUGUUCCGUGCCAUUUCGUUUCUUAAUUAUGAACAGUGUUGUUUUGGAAUUUUUUUCACUGAAUCGUUUGACUAGUGUAUAGAAAUCUGUGCACUUUCAAGAAUUUCAACUGGGUAUUUAUUUAAAACGAAACCAAUUGUUUAAACCUCUUGUAUUUGUUUCACAAGUAGUGGCAGAGAUUGUUGUGGUCUACAUGUAGUUGACAAUGAGAGGAUAUGCGGGGUCUUACUUUAAAUCGGACUGCUAGAAUUUGCCGCAAAAAAGCAUGGAGUCAUGUUUUGUGUGCUGGAGUAUUAAUUUUUACUCUGAGUGUUUUUACUUUCAAUACCCCUUUUCUUUCUCAAGCCGGAAAAACUGCCUCAAAAUACUCGGAGGAACUUCUUUAUUCAAAGUUUCCAGAUUUUAGACACCACAACAGGAACUUACGGAAUAUUUUACCAAACGACAAUGCCCAAUUCCAUCGGCUGAAGCAUAUUCAACGGACGGGAAAAUCCCUUAACAAAGCACACAGACUUGCAGCUAAUUGGAACAUUACUUUGACAUCUGAAUUAAGCCAAGCAGAAGUCCCGAAGGAAAGCGAGGAAGAAAGUUCUGUCGAAGGGGAAAGUUUGAAGAAACGGCGUCUCCCACAGGCCAUAAUCAUAGGGGUAAAAAAAGGCGGGACCCGGGCCUUGUUAGAAUUUCUCCGUGUCCAUCCUGAUGUCAAGGCCACUGGUCCGGAGCCACACUUCUUUGACAAACAUUACCAAAAGGGCCUGGAUUGGUACAGGAACUUGAUGCCGGAAACGCUACCACACCAGUUGACCAUAGAGAAAACACCAAGCUAUUUCAUCACCAAAGAAGUCCCGGCUAGAAUCUGCAGAAUGUCCAACUCUACCAAACUUGUACUAGUUGUGAGGGACCCCGUGACUCGGGCUAUAUCAGAUUAUACCCAAAUUCUCAGCAAACACGGCAAAUCCAAGUCUUUCCAAAGCUCUGCUUUUAUACGUAACGACACAACUAAAAUAAACACUUCGUGGAUUGUGAUCAGAAUCGGUUUAUACGUCAAACAUUUGGAGAACUGGCUAUCUGUGUUUCCAUUGAAACAAAUUCAUUUUGUUCACGGUGAAAAUUUAGUGACAAAUCCAGGGGAGGAAAUGAGAAAGGUCCAGACAUUCUUAGGACUAAGGACUUUCAUAACAGAAGACAAUUUUAUUCUGAAUAAAACCCGAGGAUUUCCGUGUAUCAAGAAAACAAUGUCUAGCAAGCGGGGACACUGUCUAGACGAAAGUAAGGGUCGUAAACACCCGAUACUCCCGGAAAGUGUGAUUGCCGCUCUCAGACGUUUUUAUCGUCCUUUUAACGCCAAGUUUUACCGAUUGACAAAUAUCAAUUUUCACUGGACAUAGAACUCAUUUAAGCCAAAGAAUAUCAAGAUGUGCUAUUUUGCCGUUUUCAAAGACGGUCGAACACUAAUUUUUCUGUAUCAGAAAGCCCGUCGAUGAACUUAAUUAGCAGAAUGGUUUGUCAGUCAUUUUAUAGCAGUUGAUGAUAGUCUUUCAUUAUUUUUUGGUUCAUCAACGUUUUCCUUGAUUGCAGAACCCAAAAGGUCAGAUGUUAAAAACAACAACUGUAUUUGUUAUAAGAAGUUGAUUGUGAUCCAAGUCAUAAAUCUGGCAGUUUAAUGACAGUCAUGGCUCUCCGUAGAACCAGAAUAUCAAAUAUUGAUAUACCAGUCAAUAUUAUGAGUUGGGCUUAUUUUGAGCGUCAGUGAUUUUAAGAUUUUAUUGUUUUAUUAAUCAUAAACUCUACAAUCAAUCCACGAAAAGGAAGGGUAACAGUACGAACGUGGGGACAAUAAUUUUAUGUUUGGUCAAAUACUUUUCCUGUUAGACAUACACAAGUACAUGUGGCCUACCAAUGAUGGCUCCUUUCAUUAUUUUUCAUGAUCUACGUGUAGUACUCGUCUUAUUAUUUUUUUUUUGAAGUAUUUGCAAUGGGGGUCGUUAUAUUUAUAUUAAGAAAUAAAAUGGUUUCAAAAACUUUAAA